AUGCCAAGCAGGAUCAAAUCGAAGAGGCCCAGCCGCCGUACCAGGCCAUCGCCGGAGCUCGUUUGGACGGUGGUAUCCCCCGACGGAGACAGCGGUUUCGAUCGGAGUGCCGAGGAGAGGAAGCGGGAGAAGAAAGAAGACGUGGGCGACGAGGGUGAUGACGCCAUUGGGGGAGUUCAGCUCAAAUUCUCGAGCGGCCGUGCGAACUUAAACCAGCAACAUGAGGAAGGAAAAACACAUCAAGUUAAUCUCUCUUCAGAAAGCAGAAAUCAGACAAUCUUCGAGAAUGAGGAUACCGACCAAGGAGUCAUGGGUGAGGAUAGGGAUCACAUGGUACUAGAUCAGUCUCAGUAA